CGGCACAUGGCAACAGGCCUCUCAAGUUCCCGAGCCUGUUAAAUGGCAAUCAGAGAAGGAUGGGUGCACGUUAAUGAAUUAGAAAAUACUUUCGAUUGUUUUCAAGCGGAUCGUCUUCUGUGGAUUUUUCUUCAUUAGCGGUAAAAUAAUGGCAUCAGUUAUGGCUGGCAUUAGUGUUGGACCCCAGCCAGAAUCUCAUGGCGUGCGGUUCACAGCCCGACCUGCCUUACGAACGAGAGAGAGUAUUGUUCAUCGAACUAUCACACCAGCAUCUGUUCCAAGCCGUUUAUCUCCUUUUGGUGGAGGAGAGUAUGUUCCACGACCUAAUCUGUCAACGAUUGAAAUUGAGUCUCUUAUGAAAGAAAAAGUCUAUGGAAAAUAUGACAGUUUGAAGCAGGCAUUUCAAACAUAUGAUGUAGAUCGCAAUGAAACUAUCACCAAAGGAGAGUUCAGACGAGUCCUGGAAACAUUCUGCUUUCCUAUGACUACAGACCAGUUUUGUACUAUUGCUAACAAGGUAGAGAAAACCAAGUCUGGUUCAGUGAAGUACAUGGAUUUUCUGCACAAAUUCUACAGCUCUGGAAAUUCAAACCAUCUUAGACCAGUCAUGUCUGGGCCACCUGCCCCCAAAGAAGGAAACACUGACAUGAUCGAAAAAUUGCUUCGAGACAAGAUCAGUCAGAACUUAAAGUCAGUUGUGCGUGGCAUGCAGCUGUUUGACUACAACAUGGAUGGUAAAAUUCAGCGCCAUGAACUUCGCCGUGUCCUGGAGAACUACUGCUUCAAGUUCACAGAUACACAGUUUGAUAAGUUGUGGCUGCGACAUGACUUCCAUCAUACUGGUUUAGUAAACUAUCGGGACUUCUUGCAACGACUAGGUAUUAAUUCCAACCUUCAAGGAAAACCACCAUCAAAUGAUGUUCCAGGAGCGCUGAAAUGGCCAAGGAUAGUGAUACAGCAACAGCAGCAAAGUCCCACUAAUCGUUUUGCUAGCACAUGCAUUAAAGAGCAACAGAGGCAGGAUGAAGCUAUGCUGCAGAUCCUAAACUUUGACCAAAUUGAAAUAGAGUUCCGCAAAAGGAUGCGAGACAACUACACAAAACUGAAACGGGCUUUUAUGGCAUUUGACAAGCGUUUAGAUGGCUUUGUGUCCAUUGAAGACCUGAAGGCCAUCCUUUCCAACUUUACCAUACCUAUGUCGGACCAGCUUUUUGGUCAGCUAAUGACCAGAUGUGGUGUACGAGGCUCUGGGCGAGUGGCAUGGGAACUCUUUCUGGAAAAAUUUCAGAAUCCUGUGUCUGCAGGCAAUGGGCAGACAUUGCCAAUUCAACCUAACCACAAGUUCAAUCCAAUCAUGGAUACACAGCAAGCAGUUGACUGGGAAGCUGUGUGGAAGCACCUCAAUCAGCAUGUUCAAAAUGGGUAUUCCUCCCUCAAGAAUGCUUUUCUGCAAUUUGACAAAAAUCGAGAUGGAAAGGUGACUCGUAAGGAUUUCAGGCAGAUUGUGGAGCGAUUUACAUUUCGUUUGGAGGAUGGGCAGUUCAAGGAGCUAAUGAACAGGCUAGGAGUGCAGAACAGCAGUCGGGUGUCCUACCAUGCUUUUCUAAACCUCUUUGAACAGAAAGAAUCCCUCAAAGAAGGACACAAGUGGUUAAAGUCUGUGCACAAGUUCAAUGACAAGCCCAAACCUGCUAUAAUGUCACACGAAACAAUUGAGGAUCUUCUGCAAGAGAAGAUCACACAGUACUGGAAACCAUUUGCUGAUCAUCUUGCAUACUACGACUACACAAGCACAGGCUACGUCUCCAUCCCACAGCUGAAACGCAUUAUUGAUCAACAUGUGUUUACCAUUUCAGAUGAUCAUUUGGCAAAACUUCUUGAGAGAUGUGAAGACCAACAAGAUGGAAAAGUGAACUACAUGGAAUUUCUGGCCAGACUGAAUGUGGAUGUCCGCCCUGGUGAUCUAAUUGGCAUCAGUUCUCAGAUCAUGGAUGGUAGUAGUCAUGCAGCAUUGUGUCGGCAGAAUGAUCAAGCAGUCAGACAAAGUCUGAUGGAUCAAAGUGCUGCCCUUCGAACUGGUAUGAUGUCAGCAGACGAAGUGAUCACUCGGUUCAAGGACAAACUUUCUCAGCUGACACCAGGGAUUCGCAAAGCAUUUUUGAGCAUGGACAAAAGUGGUAAAGGCAGGAUAACCAAACGCCAGUUUAGGGAGAUUUUGGCUGGUCUUGGGAUGGUAAUGACAGAUGAGCAGUUUGAAGAACUGAUGUCACGUCCAUUGCAUAAUGGACACAUGCAUUAUAUGGACUUUGUUCUCAACUUUGAGGACCCACGAUCUCUAGGUGAAAGUCAGCUUAUUCGCAAAGGCAAUCACAAGGUAAACCCUAUUCGUGGUGACCAGUUUGGCAUGACUGCAGAAGAAGUUGAAGGAAAGCUGAAGGCAAAACUGCGGGAAAACUUUGCUACUUUGCGUGGAGCUUUUUACAAGUUUGAUGACGAUCAUGUUGGAUCUCUCACAAAGAGGAACUUUAGGAGAAUGCUGGAUUCCUUCAUGUUCUUCAUGUCUGAUGAGGAGUAUGAGAAACUGUGCAGUCGUAUGGGCAUUACAAAAGACACACGCAUAUCCUAUAUAGAUUUUCUUGACUGCUUUGAAGUGAGAGACACUGCUGAUGGACACAAGUGGCUCAACUCUGUGCACAGGGUCAAUGAUACGUUUCCACCAAAACCACUGACUGCAGAAGAAGCACACAAAGUUUUAAGAGAAAAAGCUUACCGUCGGUGGAGUGAUUUAGCAAAGGCUUUCUGCAAGAUUGACAAUCGUGGCAAGGGCAUAAUAUCCAAAAAGGGAUUACGAGAUUUGCUGUACAAAUUCAUUAUGCCCAUGAAUGAUGAUGAAUUCAAACGCCUAUGGUCCAGGUAUGACCCAGAGAGUAAGGGCUUCAUCUCGCAUGAGGAUUUCUUGCGGAACCUUGGAGCUCAGGAGUAUGCUCCUGGUGAUAAGCAUGGCCCAAGCCAGCGCAUCAUUGAUGGCAGUCGCAACUUUUUGCAGCUGCACACUGAUCUGCAGCAGAUGCGUCAUGAAGACAUCACCCAAAACCAAGCCAGCCUCACCUCAAAUAUGUCUGCUGUUGAAGUCCUUGGAAAGUUGAGGGACAAGGUGCGUGACAAUUAUUCUGGCUUUUAUAAGGCAUUCCGCAAGUAUGACACAGAGAACCGUGGGUCUUUGUCUGUGGCAGAUAUUCAAAAGGUUCUUUUGGAACAAAAUUUCUAUCUCACUGAUGAAGAGUUCUUCUUACUGCUUGAUAAGAUUGGUAUGCGCACAGAAAAGACCCGUCUGAACUAUGAACAGUUUUUGCAUGCAUUUGAGGAAGGCCGCAAAUCCAGCUAUGGGCAAAGGCCACAGGCGGUUCACACUGAGCAGUAUCCAGAGCUGUCACCUGAGGAAGCUGAGAAGAAGCUUCGGAUGAAAAUUGAAAAAAACAUUGAUGACAUCAUACGGACUCUGACAGCAAUAGACAAGAACCAGUCUGGCAAAGUCAAGAUGGAAGAGCUUCGAAGAGUGAUUGAUAUCUUCUGCUUUACGUUAACAAGUGACCAAUGGCAUCACAUCAAGGCUGGCUUGCGCAUUGACCCAGAAAAUUAUGUGGAUUACUCUAUCUUCCUUAGCAAUAUGGCAGCUUCAGAGAAUGCUCGGUAUGAAAGGACAUUACUAGCCUUGCAGAACUUAUCACCUCCACCAGUGAUCCAGGCAACAGAUGAAGUGAUGGUGAAAAUUAAUGAAGCAGUGCGAGCUCACUUCCACAACAUCUAUCAUGAUUUCAAAGAAGCAGACUUUGCCAGCAUUGGUUCGGUCACACGGGAAGACUUUCGCGAAGUGCUCAACAAAAAUGUCAUGCGGGUUAAUGAUGAACAGUUUGAAAAGGUUUGGGAAGCAGCUCCUGUAAAUGAAUUUGGCAAUCUUCAGUAUCAUGAUUUCCUUGCAAAAUAUGCCAGUGAUGAUCAGGCGGCUACACUGAAAGCUACAACCGUCAACUCAAACCUGAUCCGACCUUACACUUCUUUAUCACAGCGUCCUGAGUCUAGAAUGAGCAUGCCACGACCAACUUCACAAAUGUCAAGGCCAGCAUCUCGCAGCAUAUCACGAUGCUCAACACCAAUGGUGAAUGCUGAGCCAGCAGAAAGGCUGCUAAAAGAUGUAAUAUUUCGCCAUUGGAAGGACAUGCAACACCAAUGUCGUAACCUAGACACUGAUAACACUGGCACCAUCAGUGUUUCAGACUUUAGUGAUCUUCUUGAGCGAUAUGGCUUGCAGCUGAAACCAGAGGACUUUGACUCCAUUGUGACCAAGUAUGACUUGAGAGAAAAUGGACGAUUCUGUUAUGGUGAAUUCAUUCGCCAUUUUAUGCUGCACAUGAGACUGAAGGAAGGGAGCAUUGCUGCCAAAAGGAAGCUGAUGCCCUUGAAAAUCCCAAGACAGAUAAAAGAGGAACACAUAGAAGAAACAGACCUUAUGACUAGAGUGCAAGAAUGUGUUUCACAAAAUUGGAAAGAAAUGCGACGUGAAUUUAAAGUAUCUGACCAAAGUGUUUUAGGAGUCAUUCCUGAACUUGAAUUCCGCAGAAUACUGAGGCAGUAUAGCAUCAACCUUUCAGAAGACGAGUUUGAGGAACUUGUAUGUAAAUAUGAUCUGAAAGCUGAUGGCCAGAUUGCCUAUAACAACUUUAUCAAACAUUUCAUUUCAUUGUAAAAACUUACUUAAAAUUAUAAUAUCUGGACACUUUGUGUGCUUAAAAUGAUAAAGUCACAGAAUAACAAAUUUAAAAAACUUAUCUUUUACAAUUAUCCUGACUCAAUGUUACUAAAAGGAUUAAUCUAAUGUGUAGCAAUUAGCUCAGGGCUGACAGGUGAAGAGAUUUACUUCAAGCAUCAUACUUGCAAACAAACAUUAAGCAGUUUUAUUUUUAAUGUUGGAGCACAUUUUAUGAAGAAUUUUUCAUGUCUUUUUCUUGUAUGAGGACUUUAGCAUUAAAUUUGCUUUUGGCAGUUAUUUUUGAGAAUCCAAGGACAAUCUGUAUUUAACUCAAGAGAGUUGAUGCAGAUGGAUUUAAUGUGUAAGAAUUAAACUUCCUAGGACACAAAUUUCAGAAUUAUUGAGUAACAAAUCAUUUUUGUAGCUUUUCACCUUUCACCAAGACUGACAGGAAUACCCUUGUUUCUUCACUCGUGCCUUUCCCAACAAUGUAAAUGUAUGUUAAUGAGGUCUAAUAGUAUAUGUCACCAUGAACAUUAUUUUCUGCUUUUAAGCAAUUUCUUUAAUGUAAGACUUGUUAGGGCGUGGGCAAUUCAAGCAAUUAACAUGUGUGUUUUUUUAACUGUCUUGUUAGACUAAAAGACAACGUGCAUUUUUUAUACCACUGACUAUUUUAUCACACAAAAUUAAUCAUAUCAGUCAUUAUGCUGUAGCUUUUUAUUGCUUCUACAAACAACGCUGAAUAAAGUCACUUCUCUUAAACUUGCCAA